AUGUCGACCAUAAGUUAUACUAAUAAUAAUAAUAACAAUCAAGUCCCAUUACAACCACCACCACUACGACAACAACAACAAGGUCGUCGUCGUGUUGGUGUUUUGGGGGGCAAUGAUUAUAAUUAUCGAAAUUAUGGAAAUAAUCCGGUUAAUCAAAAUUACGGAAAUUAUCCAAUUUAUCCGAACCAAUAUCCAAACCAAUAUCCAAAUGGAAAUUUGUAUCGUCGAAAUAUAUAUUAUAAUCGAAAUUAUCAAAAUUAUCAACAACAGCGUCGUUUCAAUGGCUAUGAUAUUAUGAAUCAACCAUAUAUACCACCAUUACAACAGAUACCUCAACAAAGAAGAUUGUAUCCAAAUCAAGGAAGAAUAGGUCAACCUACUAGAGCUCGUAGUGGUUCUAAUCAAAAUCGAGGAAGAAGUCAAUCAAGACAGCCUCAACAACAACAACAACGUAGACGUCGUCCAAGACAAUUACGUUUAAACGAUUUUAUGCCAACAGAGCUACGUGAUCCUUCACCUACGGCACCAAAUCUUCCUCAAGAAUUUUAUUUGGAAACAAUCCCUGCUCCACCAGAUGCAUUACCACAACGGCAGGUAUUUGCAAAUGCUGCAACUACAGCUAGUUAUAAUAAUAAUACGACUCAACCAUUUAUGGUCAAUCAAAACCAACAGCAACAGACAACAACAACAUCAUCGAAUAGACGUCAACAACGUCGAGGUGGACAACAGCAAAAUCAACAAAAUCGUCGAAAUCGUCGAAAUUCAAAUUAUAAUCGAUUUGCUGAAUUAGCUGAAGAUAAUAAUAAUGAUAAUGAUGAUGGUCCUGUUGAAAUCGAUUUAAAUAACGAACCCAUCUUUAGAAACAAAAAUAGACGAGAUAUGAAAAAGAAGAAGACCCGACUCUAUCUUGAAUCAAAUCGUAUGUUACGAUGGUUUGAAGAUAAUUCAAAAAAUUCAAAGAAUUCUGCAAGUGGUCGUGGUAAUCAAGCAUAUCUAUUAGCAACAGCUCCGAUCUAUGAUGAAUGGGUUCGGAAUAAUUAUGAAUUACAAAUCUGGCAAACGUACUUAAAAAUGGGUACAGAACAAAAACAUUGGGCAAAAGAAGUUGUUCAACGAACAAAGAAACGUGAUGAAACAACAAAUUGCCGAUUUAUUAAUAAAAAAAUUAAUCAAAUAAUGACUAGUAUUGCUCAAGCUAGUGCUACUAUUUCAGAUUUACAAAUAGAAUUAUCUACUUAUUGGAUGCAAAAUUCAUCUGAAAUAACAACCCAAAAACAAGCCCAUACAACAGCUGAAUUGACAACCAAUUUAAUUCUAGAAAGAACAGGCUUAGGAUCAACACUAGCAAAAAAUGCAGUGCCAGCAUCUACAACAACGACAACAGCUGGAUCAACCACCGUUAAAAGUGCUCAUCGUGAUCCUGUUGAUCGAUUAGAAAAACAUAUCCUAGAUUAUAUUCACCAUUGUACCCAACAUGUAAAGAAAGUAGCUGAAACUCGAGUUCAAUUAGCUAAAGCGCAAAUGGCUGAAUUUAAGGCCUUGGAAGACUUUGAACAAAUAGCUGCUCCAUCACAAUGGAAUAUUCAUGUUUUACUAAAACCUAAAAUGAAAGUUUGGUCAACAAAAAAUAAAAAUCAUCGAACAGUUCUUAAAAGAAUUGAAUAUGAUCUACCUCCAAAAUUUAUUUCUAAUAUUGAAUUUAAAUUCAAAAUUGAUGAAUCAAUAUUGAGCCCUGAUGAAUCACAAGCUUUGUAUAAUCAGAUGUCUAAAAUGACUAAAGAUUUUCGUACACAAGCCAUGGCUCUAUAUAUGCAAUCAUUAGGUAGAGAACAUGAAUUAUUGACAAAUGAAAUUAAACGUAUCAUUGAUGGUUUUCCAAAUGAAAACGACGACGGAUUUGAUGCUGAAGCUGGUUGUGCAGCUUUCAAACAAUAUCAUGAAUUACGUGAAAAACGAUUCAAUUUAGAAACUGAUCAAUCAAUCUAUUUUUUAGACGCACAGCAAAUCACUGGGCGAGGAUUUCUUGCUCCAGCCAUAAUCAAUCAAGCAAAUAUAACAUUAACUGAGCAAGAACAUCAAUUAUUAAAAUUAGGUCCCCAGUUUAUAUUUGAUGAUCCAAAAACAGCAUCUCGACGAAGGACAACUGAAUUGGCAACUUUGAAACGGAAAAUAGAAGCUCGCUUCUUCGAAAAGAAAGUAAGCCCCGGUAGUCCAGUCGAACAAUUUAUUGCUAAAUUAGAUGUCUUGCUCCAAAAUUUACAUAAUAUUCCCACUACUAAGAAACAAUUACAAUUUAAUAGAAUUCAAACAAAUAAAUCAUUUGAAACCUUGUCCUCAAUUAUUCAAUCAAGUCAAUUAAGUCAAUCUCAAGCUAUUAUUCGUCCAAGAAAAAAGAAAAAUUAUGGUCGAAUAGUGAAGAGAUUGAAAUAUAAAAUUCAUUUGGCUAAUACAAUAUUAAGAAAGACUGAUAAAUCUAAAGUAUUUCAUUUAGGAAAAGUUGGUCAUUAUCAGAAAAAAUCAGAAGAAUAUAUGGAUAAUACAAAAGCAUAUCAAUGUCUUGGUGUAAUUGAUCCACUUCCUGAUUUAAUUCAACGAACAAAUAAAUACUUAUUAGAUUUAAGACUAGUCAAAUGGAUUACCCAAAAACAGUAUGAGCAAUUAAGUAUUAAACCAAAUGAAGUCGAAUUAGCUCAUUUAUAUUAUUUACCAAAAGCUCAUAAACCUGGUACUCCUUUAAGGCCAAUUAUUUCUGGUUUGAAACAUCCAACAAUUAAAAUAUCAAAAUUUCUUGAUGAUUUACUUCGACCAUUAUUCGAUCAGAUGGCUUUAAAUUCUACGGUCACUUCUGGUUUUGAUUUAGUUAAACAACUACAACAAUGGUCAAGAAAUCAUCUUAAACAAGAAACUUUAUUUUGUACGAUUGAUGUCACAGACCUUUAUACUAUGGUACCCCAAAUCGAAGGAGUAUUAUCUUUAAGGAAAAUGUUAGAUCAACUAAAAUUAAAACAAGUUGGUAAAUUAAAAGACGAAACAAUUAUUCGACUAAGUCGAUUUGUUAUGAAAAAUAAUUAUUUUUCCUAUAAUGGUCAAUUUUAUCAUCAAAUAAGAGGAGGAGCAAUGGGUUCUCCUCUUACCCUAACUAUUUCUAAUUGUUAUAUGUACUUUUUUGAAAGACAAAUAGUUAAUCAAAUUCGAAAUAGUGGUGGGCUUUAUUUCCGAUAUAAUGAUGAUAUAUUUGUUACUAUUAAUUGGCCUGUUCGACAUUUACUUAAAGAAGUAGAUAGAUGGAAUAAAUUCGAUGAAAAUAUUAAUUUAUCUGCAAAUAUCGGUUCAACUGUCAAUUUUCUAGAUUUAAAUAUGGAAAAUCGAGAUGGUCAAUUAUAUACGACAGUUUUCCAGAAGCCAUCCUAUGAACCAUACUACUUGCCAUUUAAUAGUAUUCAUCCAUUACACAUGAAAAAGAAUAUUCCAUUUGCCAUGCUAUUACGUGCCAUUAGAUAUUGUUCAACCUUUCAAUCAUAUCUAAAUGAACGUGAAAAAUUAAGAAUGGCACUUCUAUUGAAUAAAUAUCCAAAUAAAAUUAUUGAUGAACAAUUCGAUAAUGUUUUAGUAAAAUUUGGUAUUAAUGAACCAUUAACUUCAGUCAAUUACAAUAGAUUUCGUCAAAAAAUUAUAGAUUCUCCUAUAAAAGAGAAAUUAUCUGUCAAUUAUGACAAGUCAAUAUUCGUUCAUUUUACCUACUGUUCAAGUAUGAAGACAUUUCCAAUUAAAUUUCAUACCUUAUGGAAUAAAUAUUUUGAUAAAUCUCCAAUCAAUGAAGUUAUCCUCAUACUUGGUACUCGAAAUGCCGAUAAUCUGCAAAAAGGCUAA